UCUCUCUCAAACUCAAACUCAAACUCUUUCUUUUUUAUUAUUAUUAUAAUUCUUUAUAAUACUCUCCUUACUCCCUCCUCUCCAACACAUACUCUCUCCUUCUGUCUGUUUCAUCAUGCGAUCCGAGGGGAGUCCUUUAGACCUCAACAACUUACCUGAAGAUUAUAUCAGAGAUGGAAAACAGAUUAUUGAAGAUAGCUCAAGUGGUCAUAGGAAAAAGAAAAGUGGGUUAAAGGAGGGAAAAGAGGAGUCGGGAAAGGUGUAUGAAUGCAGGUUUUGUUCACUCAAGUUCUGCAAAUCUCAGGCUCUUGGUGGCCACAUGAACCGCCACCGCCAAGAGAGAGAGACAGAGACACUGAAUCGAGCUCGUCAGCUUGUUUUCAGUAACGAUAACCUCGCCGCCCAACCUCCUCCUCCUCCUCAUUUAGGGUGCUGCCAUUCAAUGGCACCGGCAAACUACCACACUGCCGGCGGCAGUGGAAGCGUAGGAAGUGAUUCAACGCUGCCUCUUAGAUUCCCAACGAGAAUGUUCUCUGGGUCGUCUCCAGGCACGCUUCUGCCACAGCCGCCCCCACCACCGCUACCUUCAUCGCAUCAGCCGUAUCUAUACAACUCACCGACGCGGCCGUCUAGUUUCCCUUCCUACUAUCCUCCUCCACAAGCCUCGAUCAACGACUACUACGUGGGACAUGUCUUGGGGAACCCUUCUCAAUGCAGCCAUCAGACAGUGAACUACGGUUCUAGCCCGGUGGAGUCGAGUAGCUACACUUGCAUCGGAGCUCCGGUAGGACAUGCUGCAGCAGGGUUCGGUGGACGAGAUGGUGGUGGGAGUGGCGGUAGAGAUGGAUCACAGCAGCAGCAGCGCUUGGACGUUCCUUCUUCGAUCAAUCGGUUUCAAGAUGGAUUCUAAAAAGAAGAUUAGAAUAUUUUUUUUGUUUUAAAAUUUUUCUGAGUCAUGUAUUUGAAAUUCUGCAAUGACACGCCACCCAGAGAAAGAGAGAGAGACAUAACAAACUGACAAAUGGGGUCAUAAAUCAUAAUACAAGGGAAAAGGAGGGGAGAAAGAGGAGGGUUCUUGUUUUGUUUUUUCUUUUCCUUUUUUUCUUUUUCUUUUCCUUUAAAUUUGGUGUUUUAAUUUGAAACAGCUUUUGAGCUCAGAGACAAGCUCAGCUAGUUUGGCAUGGAGCUGUGGGGGGAGGAUGGAAGAAGGGGGUGGUGUCUUUGUAAUUGGUUUGUAUUGUACUGCCUAGCUAUCUGUGAAAAAGGAGCAAACUGUGAAACAAGAGAUUGAUGGGACAAGAAGUUAGAUAUGAA